AUGACCAAGAAGAGAAGCUGGAGGAAUGAUGAAACGGUGGUGUUAACUGAGGCAUGUAGUGCCAUCAUCCAACACAAGCUGCCUCAAAAAUUGAAGGACCCAGGAAGCUUCAAAAUUCCCUGUAUCAUAGGGGAAGUCACGGUUGAAAAAGCCUUGUGCAAUUUGGGAGCUAGUAUCAAUUUGAUGUCGUUAGCAAUGAUGAAAAGAAUGAAGAUUGAGGAAGCUAAACCAACAAGAAUAGCUCUCCAAUUAGCAGACAGAUCAUUCAAAUUUCCUCAUGGAGUAGUUGAGGAUUUAUUGGUAAAAGUAGGAGACUUCAUCUUCCCUGCUAACUUUGUGGUGCUGGAUAUGGAGGAAGAAGCUAAGGCUUCAAUAAUUUUGGAAAGGCUAUUUUUAGCUACUGCUGGAGCCAUCAUUGACGUCCAAAAGGGUGAACUUACUCUUAGGCUACAUGAUGAGAAGCUGGUUUUUAAUGUGUUCAAGGCCAUGAGCUACCCACAGAAAGCACUUGGAGAGUGUAUGUGGGUGGAUGCAGUGGAAAUUGUGGUGCAAGAAACCUUUGAAGAAGCCCUUGAAGAAUUGACAGAGGAGGGUUCAUUGUUAAAUGUUGCGGUUGUUGAUGACAACUCAGCUGAAGUGCCUAUUCAAAGCACAUCGGAGGAGAGGAAGAAGGAGAAAGAAGCACCCAAACUGGAGCUAAAAGCAUUGCCUCCUACCCUUAAGAUGAGCCAUACUUAUUCAAAAAAUGCUCAGAUGGAUUGCUCAGAAGAUGUAUUUCAGAGGAAGAAGGAAGGAAAGUUUUAUGGAAUUGUCAUGCUUCUUGCUAUGGAGGCCAUUUUGGAGGAGAAAGAACAGCAGCAAAAGUCUUGCAGUGCAGAUUCUUUUGGCCCACCAUCUUCAAAGAUGCACGAGAGCUAG